AAGUAGCCGAACAGGAAGUCAAUGCGUAGCUCCACGUGAGUACUGAAGUGGAGACUACGAUCGGCCAACAUGGGGAAAGACAGGACUAAAAACCAAAAGAAGUUGAAGGCAACAGCAAAACACAAUGCAGAAGAAACGUAUACGGCUGUUCCCCACUCCUUUGUCUUCCAUCGUGGGCAAGUUGGAAAAAAUGUGCAGCAACUGAUCCUGGAUCUCAGGCGGGCGAUGGAACCCUUUACUGCUACCUCGCUUAAGGUUCGAAAGAAGAAUACCUUGAAAGACUUUAUUGCUGUAGCAGGACCCCUAGGAGUGACCCAUUUCCUCAUCUUCAGCAAGACAACUGAAAAUGUCAAUUUUAAAUUUGUACGUUUGCCCCGUGGACCAACAUUGAAUUUCAAAGUGACAGAGUACUCCUUGGUAAAAGAUGUGGUGUCUUCUCUGAAGAAACAUCGAAUGCACGAGCAGCAGUUCACCCACCCUCCCCUACUUGUACUCAAUAACUUUGGCAACCAGGGUAUGCAGGUUAAGCUGAUGGCCACCAUGUUCCAGAACAUGUUUCCCUCAAUUAAUGUUCACAAGGUAAACCUGAAUACCAUUCGGAGAUGUAUCCUUAUUAACUAUAAUGACGACACUGAGACACUUGAUUUCAGACAUUUCAGUGUGAAAGUGGUCCCAGUUGGAAUGAGUAAGGGUAUGAAAAAGCUUCUCCAGGAGAGAUUUCCAAACAUGAGUCGUUGGGAGGACAUCAGUGAGCUGUUGGUCAAAGGAGCCAAUCUAUCAGAAAGCGAGGCUGAGCAAGAUGGAGAUCACAAUAUCACAGAACUGCCCCAGGCCUACGCUGGACGAGGAAACAUGAAGUCCCAGCAAAGUGCUGUCCGUCUGACAGAGAUUGGCCCAAGAAUAAAAUUACAGCUGGUGAAGAUUGAAGAGGGUUUAAGUGAUGGCAAAGUUUUAUACCACAACUUUAUCAAAAAGACGGAAGAAGAGAUUAAGGCCAUGUUGGAACGAAAAGAGAACAAACUGCGAGAGAAGCAUGAGAGAAAGAAGAAGCAGGAGGCCGAUGUAGAGCGUAAAACCCAGCAAAAGGAAGCGCAUAAAAAACGCAGCUUAGCUGGAAUAAAGCGGAAACAAGGAGAAGAUGGUGACAGUGAUGCGGAGGACCCUGGUCUUUCUGGAGAGAAUGAUCCGGCCAACAUACCAGAGGACGAUGAUGCAGAGUAUUACCGUCAGGAAGUUGGAGAGGAGCCUGAUAAAGAUCUCUUCCUCCAUGGCAGUAAAAGAAGGCCUUCGCACACCCAAAAAUCAGGUCCUCCAAAUAAGAAAUUUAAAGGAUCCAGAGGAUUCAGGGAAGAGAAUCGGGAUGCUCGCUCUCCCGGGGGUCAGACAAAACAUCCAAAGUUCAAGCCUCCCUUCCGCAAAGACAAAACAAGCCCCAAGCCCGGAAAAAAUAUGAAGGGGAUGAAACAUUUCAAAAAUCCAGAGUGGAAAAAAGGGCAGAGAAGCCCAAGGCCAUCUGGCAAUAAAAACAGCAAGGGAUUCAAAAAAACUGGGUCAUUUGGUUCCAAGAUUCCCAGACCUGGGCAAAAGCCACAGAUGGGUUCACGGCACAAAAUGGCAGGCCGAACGGGUAAACCUAACACACAUAAGAAAAAGAGGCAAUAAAGGGACGGCACACUAUUUCUGUAAAUAUUAGUCUUGGAAAUGCUCUGGGCAACAAAAACAUUAAAAUGUUUUCACUGUCAUGAAA